GAGCCUGCCGCCGCACCAGCCCACUCCCUAACCCACACUCCGUCCCCACAGCGCGCAUCAUCCCCGGCCUUCGCGCGCGUCGACGGGCACUCUGUGCGGCUGCCUCCAGACCUCCAAUGCUGCUUCCCCACCACUGCACCCCCGGCCGCCGCCCCCGCUCCCUCGCUGCACCCCAGUCACUGCCCCUCCUGCCUUUCACACACCCAGGCUUUCCCGUCCGCGGCAACAACUCCUCCACUCAUCGCUCUCGGCCUGUCAGCCCUAUCGGAAGAGACCGGGACGUGACUCGGCAGCAGCUUCUCGAAGCUGCGAGCUGCGCGCUGCGCAACCCAACCUCGCUCUGUUCCGAUCGUGCAGCAGCAGCAGGGCAGCAAGCAGCAGCAGCAAGCCCCUCUGUGCCCCUCUGUCCUCUAGGUGCCCCUCUGCCCCUCCCCCUCAUUUUCCAGUUUCUUGUUUCAGCCAUGGGUCCGGAACGGCAUUAUCCGCUUGCUCGCGUGCUGCGCUCACCACCACCUCCCACCACCACCCAUUACCAUCAACGCCACCCACCUCCCUCACACACCACCACCACCCCUAGAAUACUCUAAAACCCACGCAACGCCGUCGCGCCGGCGCGCGUCCAGCGGCUCGGGCCAAGGGAAGGCUUGCUCUACUAUAUAGUAGCAGCAGUAGCGCAACGCUACUCGCGCCUGCUCCUACUCUACUCUACCGUGCUCUACUCGUACUCGUAGGAGUAGGUUCGGUCGAGCGCCCUAGCUUGUCCGCUAGAACACGCCCCCGCCGUCUAGAAUAUUAUUGUGCAGAGCAGAGCAGGCGCGCAGCACUCCUACCCUUA